CUUCUGCCUUCUACAACGACAUAGGAGAACGGUCUAACAUGAACGGUCUGUUGAGCAGCAACAGGGCAGACUCAUCAACCAACAAGUCCAAAUCCCCACAAAGGCUUGGGACAGAUCCCACUGGUAAAGCCAUCGAGAGAGUCAGGAAAAGAAUUAUUAUCUGUUGCGAUGGAACGUGGCAAGACGGUAUCUCCGAGAAUAGACACAAAUAUACUAACGCACUCCGGCUCGCCAGAACAAUCGAACAGGAAGACAUUCGAACAACCCCGCCUACACCACAAGUUGUGUACUACCAGUCUGGCAUAGGGAGCGAAAAGAACUUUUAUUCCGAAUUCAUUGAAGGGACGACGGGCGACACAUUAGCUGAUAAAGUCGAGGAAGCUUAUGCGUUCAUUGCACAUAAUUACUUUCCCGGUGAUGAGAUAUUCCUUUUCGGAUUCUCGAGGGGCGCUUAUACAGCCCGAAUGGUAGCCCUGCUUAUUGGGAAAAUUGGUGUCCUUGAUCGUAAGAAUAUGGACGACUUCGGAACGAUCUUCCUCUCGUAUCAGAUACUCGGUAACGCCGAGGACGAAGAAGCAAAAGCAAAGGCCAAAGCAGACCUCGAACGACUCGAGGAUAAGAUUUCCUCUGGUGUACGGCGAGCGUUUAAGGAUGACCGGCCAUUUUCCAUCAAAUGCGUCGGGGUGUUUGAUACAGUCGGUUCACUAGGACUACCAGAGGAACUCACGCUACAUCCUGGUCCCGUCAAGACGCUGUUUGGAUUCCCUGAUAGAAUAUUGGGAGAGCAUGUUGAACGUGCUUAUCAGGCUCUGGCACUCAAUGAGCCAAGAAAAGAUUUCAAUUGUUCUCGUUUUGAGCAAACGAGCAAAGGGAGAUGUAAACAUCAAGUGCUGAAACAGUGUUGGUUCACAGGAUCGCACGCCGACAUCGGUGGUGGGUACUACAAUCACGACUUGGCUGAUCUCACGCUCGCAUGGAUGGUGGCGCAUGUUUCGGACAUUCUUUCUACGGACUUGAGCUACCUGGCCUGCCUAUCCCAUCCCGUUGCUCCAUGGGGAGCUCAGGAACCGCAUGACCCGUUGACGGGAAUAUUCUCAUUGUCUUUGACUACGGAGAGGACACUUCCCACCUCGAGCAAUAACGUUACUCAUGAGAGUAUACAUCCCUCCGUGCUUCAACAACAAAAGUUGAAUCCCGCCAUUCAGUCCUUGAUCGAAAAACAUCCAGAGUUGGUGUGCAGUCUCUUGCCGUUGGAGGAAGAACUGAGAGCCGAAUGGCCAUACAAACCAGAAGAAGCUGACAUCAAGGAUGACAAGAACGAUUCGAAGGCCAAUGGGAUGGUGGCGUCGCUCAUGAAAACGUUGGUAACAACGAUGAUGGCAGAGAUGUAAGAGGAUUUAUUGUAGAAUAGAUGAAACAAUUGAAUCCUAUAUAUAAUGGG